AUGAUCUACCUCGCCCUCAUAGCGGUGGUGACGCUGCUGGUGCUGUUUGUCCGACAGCGCUACAACUACUGGAAGGUGCGUGGGGUGCCGUACCAUCCAGUGUUCCCAGCUGGGAACGUGUGGGGACUGGGAACGCGUCUUCACCUGUCCGAGGUGCUUCAAAAGUGCUACGAAAAACUCAAGGGAAAGGGUCCCUUCGGUGGGGUGUACUUCUUCCUGGGACCGACAGUGCUGGCCACCGAUUUGGACUUUAUAAAAACGAUUCUGGUGAAGGAUUUCCAGUACUUUCACGAUCGUUCGUUUUACUACAACGAAAAGGAUGACCCGCUGACGGGACAUCUGUUCACGAUUGAGGGACAACGGUGGAAAAAUCUGCGUGCCAAGUUGACUCCAACGUUCACCUCUGGGAAGAUGAAGCUGAUGUUCCCGAUCGUGGCGGAUGUCGCAGCGGAGUUGAAAAAGUGUCUGGUUACGGAAAAAGAUGACGGUGGUGAAGUUGAGCUGAAGGAUGUUCUCGCCCGAUUUACGACGGACGUCAUUGGAAAGUGUGCCUUUGGGUUGGACUGUAAUAGUCUGGAAAAUCCCAACGCAGAGUUCCGUGAAAUGGGUCGAAAGAUCUUCACGACCACUCCGUUUUCUAUCAUUAAGCUGUUUUUCGUACAGCAAAUAAAACCCUUGGCUCGAAAACUUGGAGUUACCGUGCUCAACCAAGAAGUUACCAAAUACUUCUUAAAGGCCGUGAAGGAUACUGUUGAGUAUCGUGAAAGCAACAAUGUCGAACGAAAUGACUUUAUGAACUUGCUGAUCAAGCUGAAGAAUGCAGAACCCGUCGAUGAAGGAUCGUCACGAUCCAUGGAGAAACUUUCCCUCAAUGAGAUAUCAGCUCAAGCGUUCGUGUUUUUCUUCGCUGGAUUCGAGACGUCCUCAACCCUAAUGUCAUUCUGCUUGUACGAGCUGGCGAUGAACCAAGACCUUCAAGAUCGCGCCAGACAAAACGUACGAGAUGUCCUGAGUCAGCAAGGAUCGUUGACGUACGAAGCGAUUCAUGACAUGAAAUACCUGGAGAAUUGCAUUUUCGAAACCCUCCGAAUCUACCCGCCAGCAUCAAUCCUCUUCCGGACCGCAACCCAAGACUACCACGUCCCGAACACCGACUUUACCAUCGAAAAGGGAACCGCCACCAACAUUCCAGUGCUGGCGAUCCAUCGUGAUCCGGAGAUCUACCCGGAUCCGAUGAAGUUCGACCCGGAUCGGUUCAACGCGGACCAGGUCGCCAAACGGCACCCGUUUGCGUAUCUUCCGUUCGGGGAGGGUCCACGUGUUUGCAUUGGGAUGCGCUUUGCGCUGAUGCAAACUCGCGUCGGGCUGGCAACACUGCUGCAGAACUUCCGCUUCACGGUGUCGCCGCGGACGAGGAUUCCGGCGAAGAUUAAUCCCGCCAGUGGGAUUAUUAUGGCUGAGGGAGGGCUGUACCUGCAGGUGGAUCGAAUUGGUGACUGAUCAAGUGAGAUAAAAAGAUGAAAAUCGGAUUGAUUAUUAUUUAACUUUAAUCUUUGAAAAGCAAAUAAAAUUUGCUACUUGUUUGUAUGGUCAAUAAAGGAACACUUAAACCUCUUAAA